AUGCAAACCAUUAGGAGGCACCAAAAAAGUGCAGAGCAGUUGAGUCAUGCCUCAGCUCACACUAGUGAAGCUGGGGGUCUGGCUCCAAGUCCAAGCUCCCCACUGUUGCGCUACCAGCAAGAGAUGAUGGCAAAGAACCAAAGACUUGCAGUUAAAGGUUUCGAAAUCGCAGCAACUGCAGAGGAGAGAAGCCGGCUCACGGACUGGGCUGGGGGCGCGGCGCAGGGUGGCGGCGGGCAAGUCGUGCUCCCUCGGGGAAGGAGUCUCCAUUGCCCCCCUCGUCCCCUGCCAGCGCAGCCGGGGCUGGACAUGCCCGGCCCCGCGCCGCGGAGGCGCCGCCGCGUCCCGGCAUCGAGCCGGGAAGCUGGGGCCCGGGCGGAGUGGGAGUGGGGCGGGGCGGAGGGGUCCAGGGGCUGGAAGCAGCGCCGAGAGGGCGCGGCCGGGCAUGGACCCGGGCUCCGAGCGAGCAGCGGGCCGCCCCGAGGGCGGAGGGGAGUGGCCCGCCGCGGCCUUAUUUCCUCGAGCGCCGGCGCAGCUCACUUGGAGCCUGUCCGUCGAACGCCGCGCCCGCCCGCGUCCAUGCCGCCCCGCCUGCAACCGCCGCCCGCUUCUGGGACCGGGCGCCCGCGCGCCGCGGUUCUGCCGCUCGCGCUGCUGCUGUCGCUCGCCCUGCAAGGGGUGGCGGCGGCACCCGCGGGGGCCGGGGAGCCCGAGAACUCCCUUCGGCGCCGGGACCCGGAGCUCCCGCGCGGACUCCUGGAGCAGGCGGCGCGCGCGGCGCUGCACUUCGUCAACUUCCGCGCGGGCUCGCCCAGCACCCUGCGCGUGCUGGCCGACGUGCUGGAGGGCCGCGCCAGGGUUAAUCCAAAGAAGGAAUGUCAGGUUGACCUGGUGUUUACCACAGAUCGCUAUAACCCAGAGGAAGGUGAGGAACGUUUGGGGAAAUGUUCCGCUCGAGUGUUUUUCAGGAAUCAGAAACCCAGACCGGCCAUUAAUGUGACUUGUACACGACUCAUUGAGAAGAACAAAAGACAAGAGGAGGAUUACCUGCUUUACAAGCACAUGAAGCAACUCAAAACCCCCUUGGAUGUAGUCAGCAUACCUGAUAGCCAUGGACAUAUUGAUCCCUCUCUGAGACCCAUUUGGGAUUUGGCUUUUCUUGGUGGCUCUUAUGUGAUGUGGGAAAAGACAACCCAGUUUUUACAUUACUACAUGGCACAGCUCAGCAGCGUUAACCAAUGGAAAACAAAUGACGAUGCAAUUGAUUUUGAUUAUACCGUUCUACUCCAUGAAUUCUCAACACAGGAAAUCAUUCCUUGUCGUAUUCACUUGGUCUGGUACCCUGGCAAACCACUUAAAGUGAAGUACCACUGUCAAGAGCUACAGACACCAGAAGAAGCCUCUGGAACUGAAGAAGGUUCAGCUGUGGCACCAACAGAGCUCAAUAAUUUCUGAAAAGAAAAAAGGUCUGCUUAUACUAAAUUCUAAACAAAAUGACUCUAUUAAAUAGUGUAAAUCAUUCUGGCAAAAUAGGAAAGGUAUAAAGUAUUCUAAUAUUUUUUAGAAAGUCUGCAAUUAUAAUACUUAACAAUUAAAAGAUGCUGGGGUUUUUGUUUUUUGAUUGGUUUGGUUUAUUUUGUUAAUUCUGGGAACACAGGCAUACUGAACUCUGCUCAGCGCUAAACAGUUUACUCCACAGGUUUCUCAGGGUUUCAGCCCUAAAAUGUAAAAGAACAAUCAAUUGGUAUAUACUGUAAUUGGAUCAGUAAGUAUUUAGCAAAACAAAAAUUGAUGGUCUUACCUUUAAAGCUGUAUUUCUCAUUACUUUGAACAUAGCAAAGCCAACUAUUUUCUGUUGCUAAAUUCCUUCUACUUAGUAUAUAAAAAAUAUAAUAUAGUUCAAUGAAAGCAAAUUGCAGGGAAAAUAAUACCUGUUUAGAACAAACUUUAAUUUUUUUUUUAUCAUUUCAAGUAUUCUUUUUUUUGAUAUCUACUUUUCUAUAUAAAAUGUGUUCAGUGUGUGUUUAUAGAGAUUUGUAUCCAUAAGCAAAAUUUGUGCUAAACUGAAUUAAAUGAACUCUUAAUAUUGCUUAAUUCAAAUUUUAUAAAUAAAGUGUUUCAUGGAUAAA